GCCGCCGCCUGGAGCAUCUGCCGCCCGAGCUGCUGCUGGCGGCCCCGGCCCCGGCCAUGGAGACACUGAACGGUCCCGCGGGCGGCGGCGCCCCGGACGCAAAGCCGCAGCCAACGGGCCAGCACCACCGCCACCACCACCUCCACCCGCUGGCUGAGAGGCGGCGUCUGCACCGCGCACCCUCGCCCGCCAGACCCUUCCUCAAAGACCUGCACGCCCGGCCAGCCGCGCCGGGUCCGGCCGCGGCCGGCCCCUCCUCCGGCCGAGCCCCGGCGCCCGCCGCACCGCGCUCGCCCAACCUCGCGGGCAAGGCGCCGCCCUCGCCGGGGCCCCUGGCCGCGCCUGGCCGCCUCUCCCGGCGUAGCGGCGGCGUCCCCGGCGCGAAGGACAAGCCACCGCCGGGCGCCGGGGCCAGGGCGGCGGGCGGCGCCAAGGCUGCCUUGGGAACCAGGAGGGUGGCGCGCGCGGCGCCCGCCGAGCCGCUGCCCCGGGCGGGGAAGUCUCCCGGGGCUGAGCCGCCGCCCGCUGCUGCCAAGGGCCGCAAAGCCAAGCGCGGUUCCGGGGCGGCCCCCGCCCGCACUAUUGGCCCCGCGACUCCGGCCGCCCGGAUCCCCGCCGUGACCCUCGCCGUGACCUCGGCGGCCGGCUCCCCGGCUCGAGGCUCGCGCAUCAGCCACACGGACAGUAGCUCCGACCUCUCCGACUGCCCCUCCGAACCCCUGUCCGACGAGCAGCGCCUGCUUCCGGCCGCCAGCAGCGACGCCGAGUCCGGCACGGGCUCCAGCGACAGAGAACCCCCGCGAGGAGCGCCCACGCCAAGCUCCGCAGCCCGGGGGGCGCCGCCGGGCAGCCCCGAGCCCCCAGCGCUCCUCGCCUUGCCCCCAGCCGCCGGCGCCUGUCUCGGGGGCCGGAGCAGCCCGGGCGGGGUUUCCGCGGGGUCCUCCGGGCCAGGCUCAGCGGAGGAUGCCCGGGGACGCGGACCGCCCGAGCGACCGGUUCCCGGGACCCCCAAGGAGCCCAGCCCGGGCGAGCAGCCGCGGCUCGUGCCGGCGGUGGAGGAAGAGGAGCUACUACGGGAGAUGGAGGAGCUGCGCUCGGAGAACGACUAUCUCAAGGAUGAGUUAGACGAACUCCGCGCUGAAAUGGAAGAAAUGAGAGACAGUUAUUUAGAGGAAGAUGUUUACCAGCUGCAGGAACUUCGGCGAGAACUGGACCGUGCUAAUAAAAACUGCCGAAUCCUGCAGUACCGUCUCCGGAAAGCAGAGCAGAAAAGCCUGAAAGUGGCCGAGACGGGGCAGGUGGACGGUGAGCUUAUCCGAAGCCUGGAGCAGGACUUGAAGGUGGCCAAAGACGUGUCUGUCAGGUUGCACCAUGAACUUGAGACCGUGGAGGAGAAGCGCACUAAAGCUGAGGAUGAGAAUGAAACUCUCCGACAGCAGAUGAUCGAAGUGGAAAUAUCCAAACAGGCGCUCCAGAACGAGCUGGAGAGACUGAAGGAGAGUUCCCUGAAAAGAAGAGGCAGUCGGGAAAUGUACAAAGAGAAGAAAACUUUUAACCAGGAUGACAGUGCCGAUUUGAAGUGCCAGCUUCAGUUUGCCAAAGAGGAAGCCUCCCUGAUGCGCAAGAAAAUGGCCAAGCUAGGACGGGAGAAGGACGAGCUGGAACAGGAGCUCCAGAAGUACAAGUCCCUGUACGGUGACGUGGACAGCCCUCUCCCCACUGGGGAAGCGGGCGGGCCCCCCAGUACCCGGGAGGCCGAGCUGAAGCUGCGGCUGAAGCUGGUGGAGGAGGAAGCCAACAUCUUGGGCCGGAAGAUCGUGGAGCUGGAGGUGGAGAACCGCGGCCUCAAAGCGGAGAUGGAGGACGUGCGAGGCCAGCACGAGCGAGAGGGGCUGGGCCGGGACCCCGCGCCCGGCAUUCCUACCUCACCCUUCGGCGACUCCGUGGAGUCCUCCGCAGAGCUGCGCCGCCACUUGCAGUUUGUGGAGGAGGAAGCGGAGCUGCUCCGCAGGUCCAUAUCCGAGAUCGAGGACCACAACCGGCAGCUGACACAUGAGCUGAGCAAGUUCAAGUUUGAGCCUCGCCAGGAGCCGGGGUGGCUCGGGGAGGGUAAGGGGGCUGGGGCUGGCGCGCCCCUGCAGGAGGAGCUGAAGUCGGCCAGGCUGCAGAUCAGCGAGCUGAGCGGGAAGGUGCUGAAGCUGCAGCACGAGAACCGCGUGCUGCAGUCCAACGUCCAGCGCUGCGACCUGGCCGUGCACCUGGGGCCACGUGCCCCGAGCCCCCGGGACAGCGAUGCGGAGAGUGAUGCGGGCAAGAAGGAGAGCGACGGGGAGGAGGGCCGCCUGCCCCAGCCCAAGCGGGAGGGCCCUGUAGGUGGAGAGAGCGACUCAGAGGAGACGUUCGAGAAGACGUCGGGCUUUGGGAGCGGGAAGCCGUCGGAGGCCAGCGAGCCGUGCCCCGUGGAGCUCCUGAAGGCCCAGGAGGACUCUGAGUGCCUGGUGACCAUAAAGCACGAGGCCCAGCGGCUUGAGCGGACCGUGGAGCGGCUUAUCACAGACACUGACAGCUUCCUCUGUGACACGGGGGCCACCCUGGAGCCUGGCGUCCAGGGCGAGGACGCCCAGGACGAGCCCCACUUGCUGGGGACCAUCAAUGCGAAGAUGAAGGCUUUCAGGAAGGAGCUGCAGGCCUUCCUGGAGCAGGUGAACCGGCUGGGGGACGGCCUGUCCCCCUUGCCCCACCUCACAGAGUCCUCCAGCUUCCUGUCCACUGUGACCUCCGUGUCCCGGGACUCCCCCAUCGGGACCCUGGGGAAGGAGCUGGGCCCAGACUUGCAGUCCAGACUGAGAGAGCAGCUAGAGUGGCAGCUCGGUCCGGCCCGGGGGGACGAGCGGGACAGCUUGCGCCUUCGAGCCACACGGGAGCUGCACCGCCGCGCCGACGGGGACGCCGGGAGCCACGGGCCGGGAGGCCAGAGCUGCUUCAGCCUGGAGCUCAGGGGCCCCCCUGUUUUACCCGAGCAGAGUGUAUCCAUAGAGGAGCUACAGGGCCAGCUCGUGCAGGCGGCCAGACUGCAUCAAGAGGAGACAGAGACAUUUACAAACAAGAUCCGUAAGAUGGAGGAGGAGCACCUCUAUGCCUUGAGGUGGAAAGAACUGGAAAUGCACAGCCUGGCCUUGCAGAACACCCUCCAUGAGCGAACCUGGAGUGAUGAGAAGAAUCUGAUGCAGCAGGAGCUCAGGUCACUGAAGCAGAACAUUUUCCUCUUCUACGUCAAACUCAGGUGGCUGCUGAAACACUGGCGGCAAGGCACGCAGAUGGAGGAGGAAGGGGAGGAUCUGACCGAGGGCGAGCAUCCAGAGACCCUCCCUGGGCUGGGUGAGCUUGGAGUCCAGGGGGGUCAGCAGGCAGGCGGCCCAGACCGGGAUGACGGCGAUCGCGGCUGUGGCUUCCCGGCGGGGGAGCAUUCGCCACACUCCCCGGUGCAGACUGGAGACCACGGGGCGCGGCUGCAGACUGUGGACAGGGGACAGCUCCACAGGCAGGUGGUGGAAAACCAGCAGCUGUUCGGCGCCCUCAAGGCCUUGCUGGAGGACUUCCGCUCGGAGCUGCGGGAGGACGAGCGUGCCCGGCUGCGGCUGCAGCAGCAAUACGCCAGCGACAGGGCGGCCUGGGACGUGGAGUGGGCCGUGCUCAAGUGCCGCCUGGAACAGCUGGAAGAGAAGACGGAGAACAACUUGGGAGAACUAGGCUCUUCUGAGAGCAAGGGAAUCUUGAAGAAGGAGAGGGAGGUGCACCAGAAGCUCCUGGCCGACAGCCACAGCCUGGUCAUGGACCUGCGCUGGCAGAUCCAUCACAGCGAGAAGAACUGGAACCGGGAGAAGGUGGAACUUCUCGACCGCCUGGACAGAGACCGGCAGGAGUGGGAGCGGCAGAAGAAGGAACUCCUGUGGAAGAUAGAGCAGUUGCAGAAAGAGAACAGUCCCCAGAGAGGUGGCAGUUUCCUCUGUGAUCAAAGCGAAGGCAGCAGUCGCCCCUUUCCCCACCAGGGAAGCCUCCGCAUGCCCCAUCCUGUGGCACUGUGGCCAUGCGCAGACGCCGACUCCGUCCCGUUUGAAGACCGGCCACUGUCCAAGCUAAAGGAAUCAGACAGGUGCUCGGCCAGUGAGAACCUCUACCUGGAUGCCUUGUCCCUGGAUGACGAGCCAGAGGAGCCACCACCCUGCCGGCCUGAGAGGGAAUUCAGGAACUGCCUCCCCGAGGAAGAAGAAAAUCACAAGGGAAAUCUUCAAAGGGCGGUGUCUGUGUCCUCCAUGUCCGAGUUUCAGCGCCUGAUGGACGUCUCCCCCUUCCUGCCUGAGAAGGGGCUGCCGUCCACCAGCGGCAAGGAGGAUGUCACCCCACCGCUGUCGCCCGACGACCUCAAGUACAUCGAGGAGUUCAACAGCAAGAGCUGGGACUACACGCCCCCCAGGGGCCAUGGCGGGGCUGGGACCGAGAGGCCCCCAGACCUCUGGGCAGACAGGACCGAGGUAGGGCGGACAGGGCAUGAGGCCACCACGGAGCCUUUCCCUGACUCCUCCUGGUACCUGACCACGAGCGUCACCAUGACGACGGACACCAUGACCAGCCCGGAGCACUGCCAGAAGCAGCCGCUGAGGAGCCACGUGCUCACUGAGCAGUCCGGGGUGCGCGUGCUGCACAGCCCCCCUGCCGUGCGCAGGGUCGACAGCAUCGCCUCGGUGGGCAACGAGGGUCCCUUUCCCACAAGCAGAGCCAGAGGGAGCCUGGGAGAUGCCAAGGGGGGCCCUCUGGAACCUAUGCUCAGCAGGUGGCCUUGCACUCCCCCCAGACACCCCCGAGACUAUGUGGAGGGGCCAUGGCGCCCCCUCGAUACCCCCCUCUGUGCCUCCCUGGGCUUUGCCUCCCCUCUGCAUAGCCUGGAGAUGUCCAAGAACAUGAGUGAUGACAUGAAGGAGGUGGCCUUCUCCGUCAGGAAUGCCAUCUGCUCUGGUUCCACCAAGCCUCAAGUCAAGGACAUGGCCUGCCAGACCAACGGGUCCCGGACGACGGGGACACAGACCACCCAGACCAUCAGCGUGGGCCUGCAGACUGAAGCCCUGCGUGGCAGUGGUGUCACCAGCAGCCCCCACAAGUGUCUCACGCCAAAGGCAGGGGGCGGUACCACGCCCGUGUCGUCUCCUUCCCGCAGCCUUAGGAGCAGGCAGGUGGCCCCUGCCAUCGAAAAGGUACAGGCCAAGUUUGAACGCACAUGCUGCUCCCCCAAGUAUGGUUCCCCCAAGCUGCAGAGGAAGCCCCUCCCCAAAGCUGACCAGCCAAAUAACAGGACUUCACCAGGGAUGGCCCAGAAAGGGUACAGCGAGUCGGCCUGGGCCCGCUCCACCACCACGAGGGAGAGCCCCGUGCACACCACCAUCAACGACGGCCUCUCCAGCCUCUUCAAUAUCAUCGACCACAGCCCCGUGGUGCAGGACCCCUUCCAGAAGGGGACGCGGGCCGGCAGUCGGUCUCGCUCGGCAGAACCCCAACCGGAGCUGGGCCCAGGCCAGGAAACAGGCACUAGUUCCCCAGGGAGGUCGCCCAGCCCCAGCGGGGUGGGCUCAGAGACGUGCAGGGAGGACGGGGGAGAGGGCACGCCUGUGAGGCAGGACUUAUCCGCACCGCCUGGCUACACGCUUGCGGAGAACGUGGCCCGGAUCCUCAACAAGAAGCUGCUGGAGCACGCCUUAAAGGAGGAGAGGAGGCAGGCCGCCCACGGCCCCCCAGGUCUUAACAGCGACAGCCACUCGCUGGGGGACACGGCUGAGCCAGGGUCCAUGGAGGAACUACCUUGUUCUGCACUAGCUCCAUCCCUAGAGCCCUGCUUCUCCAGGCCCGAGAGACCAGCAAACCGUCGCCCUCCUUCACGUUGGGCCCUACAUUCCCCCAAUGCCUCACAGCUUCAUUCACCCGGAGACCCGGCGUCCUUGGAGGAGCAUGGUGACGAGGAGCCACCAGAGGAGAAGCCAUGCCGCGACUCGAGCUUGCACGGAGUGUCACAGAGUAGCUCACUGUAACCGCAUAACCACACCAUCGUCACGAACCAAACUCUGCCCCAAAGGAGAGAUCCAGUUUUCUCAAGGUCAAAGAAUGUUUUUAAAAAACACACAGCUGCUGAAUGUUCAACCUGUGAAACUGAGAUGUUUCUAGAAUGAAACAGUAAAUGUGCCUGUAAUAACUUAAUUUUUUUCAUAGCUCAGAAAACUAUUUUUGUCUCCAUCUUUUUUACACACAGUAUAUUAAACAAAAAGGUAAAUAAGGUAUAAAUAGAUUUAAAAAUAAAAGUUUUAAAAAUGUACAUUUUAAGAGAUUCCGAACACCCUCACUCUCGAUACCUGACUGCCUCUCUGUUAAAUUUGCACUGUUACGUUUUGGGUUGGUUUAUUUCCAUGUUGCAUUAGAGUGUUUUAAGUUCAUUUCAUUUUGUCAGUGUUACUGUUUUUUAAAAAAUUUUUUAAAUGCUUCAGACUGUCUGAUUCGGUGAACUUUUUGUAGUGAAAAAGCCAUGAAGCCAGUAGACAAGACAGAUAUUCUGUACACUGGAUAGGAUACAGGACAACAUUUUUGAAAAGGUACAGAGUCCUCAGGUGGACUUGGAAAAGUCGCUGCAUAAUCCACAUACUAUUCUACUUGACUUGCACGUCUUCGGGUGCAUGUACAUACUGCUACCGUGUCCUCACCAUCACCUAAAUGUGACUCAGUCUGUUCCACUGUAAUACAUUGUGAAUUUCCUUGUACUGUACUUUUAUUGUUGGUCUUCUUGCAUUGAUAAUACAACAGCAACAAUAUUUUUAAAUUAUUGUUAAAAGAUUAACUGGCAAUGUACAGAGUUUACUCAAAAUUUUGUUGUUUAAGGAAGAACACUACAAAAAGUCACGAGGAUACCAAAUUGAAACAAAUGCUGGUGCCUCUGAGUCUGUAUGAGACCACGAGAAAGUAGAAAUAAAGCCUUUCUGAGAUGGCA